AUGCUAGUUGUGACAACAGCCACCACUUCACGGUGGUGGCAGUGGUCAGUCCAUACGAUUCACGAAGUCUUCCGGCAACAACGAGCUUGUGACGAUGCAACCGGAACAAAGGGGAUGGUUGUGGUCUUGUCGUUGUCAAAGGGCAGCAGCGCACGCAUGGCGGUGAUUGUGGCUUCCAAUGGUGGCUGGGUUGCUCGUGACUGGAGGACGGCUGAUCUCUCACGUCCGACUUCAUCCUCAGCAACCACUGGAGGCGUAGUGGGGUUCUCCCAAUCAGUCACUGCUACGACGUCUAAGAAAGGUUUCCGCCUUCAAUGGGAUAACACAAUGGUUACUCGGUGGUUCCUCAUCUAUACAGCGCCUCUUCGGCAGCAUGGCGUGGUGCCGCUUGUCGGCGGGGGAGUAGGUGGCCUCCUUGCCCGAUCGGAAUAG